AUGGUUCGAGGUGGACCAAGGCCUCCGACAGGGAUGCAACCUGGCCCCGCUGCUGUUCAACUUGUUCUUUGCCGCGAUGCUCAUGGUCGCCGUGGCCGAGUUCGACAAGGACCCCAAGGUGACGGCGGACAUGGUCAAGAUCGGGACACAAGUGGAGUACACGGGCAAGAAGGGCAGGUCGGCGGGGAAGAAGACGACGGUGGUGACGACGCGGAGGCCGUGUGGGCCAUGCUCUACGCUGACGACGCGGCCAUCGUCUCGCGCUCGCCGGAGAGUUUCGAGAAGAUGAUGUCGGCCAUCGUGCGCGUGGCCGGCCUGUUCGGACUGAUGGUAUCGGAGCCAAAGAUGGAGAUCAUGUGUAUGCUGCCGAACGGGAUCGGGGAACGUCCGUUCACGGUCAGCGCCGCCGGCCAUACCUACAUGCAGACAGAUCGGUUUGUGUACCUCGGACGCACCAUCUCCGCGGACGGGAAGGCUGACCGGGAGAUCACGAGCCGCAGCUGCCGAGCGUGGAAGUGCUACCGCCAGAACAGUGCUUCGACGUACGACGAGGCGACGGGCCGACCGCCAGCUCAAAAUCCGGCUACUCCAGGCUGAAGUGGUGGAGAUUUUCCUAUACGGGUGCGCCUCGUAGAGCCUAACAGCGGAGCACUACACGAAGCUCAAUGGGACCCACCGCCAGUUCCUUACACGGUGCAUCGGCUGGAGCAAGCGCAAACGCUCAGACCGCCCCCUGUCCUAUGCACAGGCCCCCAUCCAGGCCGGCUGCGAGGAAACCAUCGAGGCCACCGUGCAAAAACGGAGACUUCUGUGUU